CUGUAUCUGAAUGAUUUUUGCAUUGUGCUGCUGCUAGAUGAUUGGAUGAUUAGAUAACUGCAUGAAUGUCCAGGUGUCUGAGUGUUUCUAAUAAUGUGGACGGUGAGUAUAAAUUAGAUACUGUAUGGAACCCUACUUGUGACUCCACUACAUUCAAUCAUUUUAGUGAGCUUGUAAACUAUGUCCUAUAUAUUUUACAUUUUACAAGUUAACAGAGAAAGAGACUGGUGGCCACCGGGCAUCAUGCUUUGGGAUUCUUUGGAUAGCUGUCACAGAUUGAGAUGUCACAUAAUACACUCACUAAUCUUUAUUAAUGAUGUAACUCAUGAUGGUAGCAGCAGAAUGAAUUCAGAACUGUACAGAAACAUUCUGUCUGCCAAUUUACAGAGAAAUGCAUCCAAUCUAGUUGGGGGGAACUUCAUCAUGCAGCAAGACAAUGACCCAUUGUCACUGGGUUGCCGGCUUGAUGCAGUAAUUGCAAGCAAGGGAUAUGCAACCAAAUAUUAAGUGUUAUUUACUUUAAUUUACUUUAAGACUAUCCAUUCCAAUACUUUUGCUCACUGAAAAAUUGGGUGGUCUGCCACCAAAGGUGCCAUGAUCUAAGUUUUUUUGACACAUCUAGAUGUAAACAUCAGGAAAUGAAAGCUGAAAUUCUCAUAUUCAUCCUUUGAUCCCAAACCCAAAUGUCUUCAGUGUAUAGCAAAAGAAGUGGCCUUGCCAUUUUAAAGAAAUUUGUUGAUAAUCAGCCUUUGGGUCAAUACCACUUUUGGCUGCAGAUCUUUUGGGAUAUGUCCCAGCUUCAGACACCUGGAUCCUGAUUUUUGCCCAUUCUUUCUGACAUAAUUACUCAAGCUCUGUCAAAUUGGAUGGAGACAGGUGGUGGCCAGCACUUUUCAAACCUUGCCACAAAUUCUCAGAUGUCUUUGCUAUAAAGUGACGUGUAGUCGCAUAGACAUGCAGUCGUGAUACAUCCACCCAUUAGUUCAUUUAUAAACUGCAAUACCUGCCACAACCACUGGAGGCCGCAAUUUCUUAAAACUCUGGUAUCACCAUUAUUUGUUUUCUAAGGUUUGCCAGAUUUUAAAGAUUUUAGUAUAAUAAAGGGGGCAUAUUUAUAACUCACAAUAAAGAGUGUCUUACAAGUGCCUAUAAACUAUCCAUCUAAGAGACAAUAAUGCUAUGUAAUGGAUUUUUGUUGUUGUUUUUUGGCACCUAAGUAGGCAGAGGUUUCACCACCAUGCACAGGCCUUUAUCUACAUGAGCACUAGUUACUGAAAACACAGGGACACACGUUGGAAGGAACUAAAAUCUGAUUUGAGAACACUGAGCUUUCAGUUCGUAGCCUGAUAGGUCUAUAUUUGAAAGAAAACCUCCAGAUGUCCUGUUCUGAGCCUGAAGUAGAGCCUCAAGGAACAAAUCAUUAUGAUUAACAUUGCUGAGAGCAUUUCUGACAUGAAAUACGUGGUUGUGACGUGGGUUGGACAUAAAGGAGCGCAUCAUCUGACGUCACUGGCGGAUCUACGACACGCUGCUGUGCUCUCUGCUCGCUCCACUGCGCUGCUGCUGCUGCUGCUGAUGCUGAUGCUGCUGAUGCUGCUGCUGAUGCGGCGCGCCGGUUCACAAUGAGGCGGAAGCUCAAGUUAUUUGAGAGAAUGUUCUCUCCGGUCUCUCCGCUCACAUACAGCAGCAUCGACCAGGACCCUCGGCGUGUCCCACACUGUGUGGAGAUGUUGAGGAUGCGAGAAGUGAACAUGGACUUCGUGGCAGGUCAGAAUCAACUGGAUCAAAACGGAUGCUGAAGUUGCAUGGGUUUAUAUUAAACCGGGCUUGCAUAAGUCUCUUGCAUAUUUAUGCCUUACUUAAAUAUAAUAUCGAAUACUUCCUACAAACUGGCCAUUUCUUUUGCAGUGAGAAACCAUAGUGAUAAACAUGGCAAUGCCUAAUAUGGUGUUUUCGGAUGUUGAAACUUUCCUGGAUAACCACCCCGAAUUGUUUGAGGACUAUCUGAACAGAAAGGGUAAAUACAGCAUGGUAGAAAAAUGGCUCAAAACCCACCAAGGGAAUAAAACUCCGGCGAGUUCCGGCACGGAGCCGGAGAAAUCGGCUGUGUGUAAGGACAGCUGGGCGAGUAAAGGCGAUGGUCUGCAGCGGCGAGCAUCGCAGAAAGAGCUGCGCAAAACUUUCGCCCGCUCCAAAGCCGUGAACGCGAACCGGACGUACGACGAGCACGUGAACUCUCGCGCGCAGGAGCCGCUGAGCAGCAUGCGGAGACGCGCUUUACUGAGGAAAGCCAGCUCCUUACCCCCGACCACAGCACACAUCCUGUCCGCGCUGCUCGAGUCGCGCGUCAACAUCCCACAGUACCCGUCCACCGCCGUGGACUUCAAGUAUUACCUCAAAGAGCACAACGAGCGCGAGUUCUUCCUGGAGCUGGUUAAAGACAUCUCCAAUGACCUGGAUUUAACCAGCCUGAGCUACAAGAUUUUGGUGUUUGUGUGCAUCAUGGUCGAUGCGGAUCGCUGCUCGCUGUUCCUGGUGGAGGGCACUGCGAAUAAAAAGACUCUGGUUUCCAAAUUCUUUGACGUUCACGCCGGGACCACUGUCCUGCCAUCCCUCAGCAACUCAGAUGAAGUCCAGGUUCCGUGGGGGAAAGGAAUUAUAGGUUAUGUUGCUGAGCAUGGAGAGACUGUGAAUAUCCCGGACGCGUAUCAGGACCAUCGUUUCAGUGACGAGAUUGAUAAGUUGACAGGUUAUAAGACCAAGUCACUGCUGUGUAUGCCCAUCCGGAACAGUGAUGGAGAGAUCAUAGGAGUGGCACAGGCCAUCAACAAGAGUCCUAGCGGCGCACUAUUCACUGAGGAUGAUGAGAAGGUGUUACAGAUGUACCUUCCCUUCUGUGGAAUCGCUAUCUCCAAUGCUCAGCUCUUUGCUGCAUCCAGAAAGGAGUAUGAUAGGAGCAGGGCUCUGUUAGAGGUAGUGAAUGAUUUGUUUGAGGAACAGACAGACCUGGAGAAGAUUGUGAGGAAGAUUAUGCAUCGUGCUCAAACGCUGCUCAAGUGUGAACGCUGCUCUGUACAGCUACUGGAGGACAUUGAGUCUCCGGUAGUGAAGUUUACUAAGUCCUUUGAGCUCCUGUCACCAAAGUGUAGUGCAGACACAGAGAACAGUUUUAAGGACAGUAUGGAGAAAUCCUCAUAUUCAGACUGGCUGAUUAACAACAGCAUAGCCGAGCUGGUGGCCUCCACUGGUUUGCCGGUCAACAUUAGCGACGCCUACCAGGACCCCCGCUUUGACGCCGAGGCAGAUCAGUUUUCUGGGUUCCACAUCCGCUCUGUCCUGUGUGUGCCUAUUUGGAACAGCAACCACCAAAUAAUUGGCGUUGCACAGGUCCUAAACAGGCUGGAUGGGAAACCAUUUGAUGAUGCAGACCAGAGACUGUUUGAGGCAUUUGUGAUAUUCUGUGGGCUGGGGAUCAAUAACACAAUAAUGUACGAUCAGGUGAAGAAAUCUUGGGCCAAACAGUCUGUGGCCCUGGACGUGCUGUCGUAUCAUGCCACUUGCUCUAAAACAGAAGUGGACAAGUUUAAGGCAGCGAACAUCCCUCUGGUGUGUGAGCUGGGCAUUGAUAAGCUCUCCUUUGAUGACUUUUCUCUGGACGUGGAUGCCAUGAUAACUGCAGCCCUGCGCAUGUUCAUGGAGCUUGGCAUGGUGCAGAAAUUCAAGAUUGACUAUGAGACUCUGUGUAGGUGGCUGUUGACCGUAAGGAAGAACUAUCGUAUGGUUCUGUACCACAACUGGAGACACGCGUUCAAUGUCUGUCAGUGCAUGUUCUCCAUGCUUACUACUGCAGGCUUCCAAGAGACCCUCUCGGAAUUGGAGAUCUUAGCACUCAUUGUGGGCUGUGUGUGCCAUGAUUUGGACCAUCGUGGAACCAACAAUGCCUUUCAAGCCAAGACAGGUUCUGCUCUAUCUCUCCUCUAUGGAACCUCAGCUACGAUGGAGCAUCACCACUUCAACCAUGCUGUCAUGAUCCUGCAGAGUGACGGCCAUAAUAUAUUCUCCAAUUUGUCAUCCCAGGAUUAUGGAGAUGUCAUGCAGCUGCUGAAACAGUCCAUCUUGGCUACAGAUCUCACACUGUACUUUGAGAACAGAAACCGUUUCUUUGAGCUGGUGAAUAAAGAGGAAUAUAACUGGAACGUUAAAGAGCACAGAGAUAUGUUCAGAUCAAUGUUAAUGACUGCAUGUGAUUUGGGAGCUGUGACUAAGCCAUGGGAAAUCUCUCGCAAGGUAGCAGAGCUGGUCACCAAUGAGUUUUUUGAGCAGGGAGACAGAGAGAGAUCUGAACUGAAGCUGACUCCUUCUGCCAUCUUUGACCGGAACCGAAAGGACGAGUUGCCGGGUUUACAGCUGGAAUGGAUUGAUGGUAUCUGUGCUCCGCUGUAUGAGGCUUUUGUGAAACUGAACCCUAAACUCCAGCCAAUGAUUGACACCAUCCAGGCCAAUCGUGCCAAGUGGGACGAACUGCACCAGAAGCGGCAGCGCAGCCAAGAACUGAUGAAUCUCCCCAGCACUACCUGUGGUGGUGACAUUGGUGACAAUGACAUGCCCAAAGCUGCGAGUUAGCUCCUGCCCACAACGCCACAUCAUGACCUCUGACCUCUAACCUGCAACCCAACCGCAGUGCUGUGCAUGUGGGGAGUUUUGGCUCUGCUGCGAGCUUCCAGCUGCUGGAGCAAUGAUGGUGAUCAGAUCUCACAGUGCCCCUGCAGGCUGCAUGUAUGAACUCUCAACACCGGGUGUGAGAGUACCAGGCAGCUGUGACUGAAUGUUUCUGUUUGGCCUUGAUGUUUUUCUCACCCAGAAAAGUUUCUGAGAAUUGUUCUAGACUCAGGAAGAGGCAGUGUCUCUAGAGCUAGAAUACUAACAUAGAUGGUGUAUUGUAUUAACUGGCCUGCUGUGUUGUUAGGGAUGGCUAGGACUGAGCAUUGCCACUCUUUAUACAGGUUUAUUAUUAUAGUGUAACCAAUGAGUGCUGCUUUGAUUAUACUGAAUGAAAACCUUUCAGGAGUGCAGGAUCCUCUAUUUUGUAUUGUACAUAUUUCAUUUGAGGUUAUUGUUUAUGGGAUUGUUAUAUAGCUUGAGAUAUGAUGUGGGUUUGGGCUCUGUUUUUCACCUGAUGUAAUUAUUAUUGGAUCAGAGGUUUGCUGAGCUUAAAGGCUCAUGGCAAUGCUUGCAAUGCAGAUACAACAGAGUGCUGCUAUUUGUGCCUUGGUUAAAAUCCUUCAUGAAAGAUGCAUGCAGUCUCCUUCCAGCUUCAUAAUUAUCUAGAGACUAUGUUUUAUAUCAUUAAGAGUUGUGCAGCCGGUAUGAUGUCGUAAAACUCCCUCUGGAUUUGUGAUGUUGCUGCUUGCGCCUAUUUUGGUUCCAUUAAUUAACUCAGGCGUGGUGUGAGAGGUCCAUGCAUUACCAUAGACAAUUUACAUUAGCGCACUCAUCUAUAUUCACAAUUUACCUUAUUAGAGCUGAUCCAAGCAUUAGUCAUAUUACUUUGUGAACUGGGGUUCUGAAGUAGUGGACUAAAUUGCAGUCAUAUUAUUUUCAUGAGCCCAAGCCAAUACAGGAAGUACAUGUGCCUUUAUAAAUAUUAAUAAACCACAUUGUCUUCAAGCCAGCUGUGUUUUAUGACUUAGAACAUCCUGACAUCAGCAUUGUUGACACUGAAAUAUUUAGUUGAUUUGGUUUAAAUCUGCUUUCACUCCUUAUGGCGGAUAUCCAAAAACAUCACAGAGUUUUAUAGUCUCUUCUAUACCUCUCCCAGGACUACUGUCUGAGCAGGAGAGGGACAGAAUGCAAAAAAAAAUAUCUAUUACUACUACAAUUUAGCUCAAGGUAAUGGAAAAAGAGUAAGCACAAGCAAAAUACUGGAUCAACCUAACCAAAAAAUAAUACAGAUCCAAUAACCGAGUUAAUGAACUCUGUUACCCUUUGUGCCUGCUGCCAUAUGGCCACACAAUCAUAAUCCAUUCACAGGAUACACUGAUACUGAUGUGCAGGUAAUGUCAUUCCACGUCAGCCGCAGCUGUGUUUAAUCACCUAUCAGACUGUUAUUCACUAACACAGCUGGACAUCCAGUGAGCUGAUCACGAUUGACUUUACAUGACUUAACUAUAAAUGAAUAUGCACAUAAGAAUCCAUAUUAAUCAUAAGACUGUCUGGUUUAUGUCGCUAUAGAAACACUACUCAAAAAGUGCAUCCUUCAGUCACUUACAUUUAUAGCUGCUGAAGAAUACUUUUUUUUUUUAAUUACAACCACUAAAUCUCCUAAUUUCUUUUGUAUGUAAUUGCUCUGAAAUGUUUAUGCUGUAGCUGUUUUCCUAUGAUAUCUGGUCACAGUUUAAAAUUGUGUUGUGGCAUUGUGAAAGUGUAGACUGAGGCAUUGCAGUGCUCUUUGUGGCAUGGAUCUUCCUGCUCUUGGGAAAUUAACAGAAAUAACAUGCUAACUGACAAUGGGACAAAUUUAACUGCAUGAGGAAAUAACUGCUCUAGAUUUAGGGACUGAAGUGACAAAUUAACGGCCUCCUUCACUGAGAUUUUCAUCAGCGUUUUAAUGUGCGUGCAUGAGUAAUGAUAUUGCACCAUAGUGGGGAAAAUAGUAUAGAUUCUGUAAUUAUUUAUUUAUUUUUUUUGUUCACAUGGCCUGUUUUUUGGGGGUAUUAUUAUUAGUAGUAAAUUAUCAGUCAUCACAUUCACAUUUCAGAUUUUUGUUCAUUUUUAAGGGACAGUAAAAACUGAGGUGUCUUUAAAGCAUGUUAUUUGGAAAUGUGUACUGUUCGAUUCAAAUAAACGUGCUGCUAGUAAACAGACCUUGUGUUGGUUAAAUGGGCAUCUGCUUGUGAGUGUGUUUUGAUUUGCUGCCCACAGAGGAUAUAAUCCUGUAAGAUGCAAAAAAUCUCUACACUGACCCCAUGUGGACAAAGAUUUUACUGCAAAGUGGAAUAGGCCAAUAGCCUAAUGUAGUAUAUGAAAGACAGUGAUGAAGAGCAUCUUAAGGGUUCUAGGUGUUGUGAAUGAAGAUGACACACAGGAAAUGUUCAAAUGCUUUGUUACCCAAGAUGCUGUGAUGCUUAGGUUAAAUAUGUAGACUCUUUAACUUAAACUUAAAAAUUAAAGCUGCAUGCAGUUCUAAGAAUUCCUCCAUAAAUCUUCAUUAAAACACGCUGGAAGGUCAGUAAUGCAAGAAUCACUUUAAACACUCUGGUGAUCUUAACACUACAGUGCACUACACUACAGUAGAAUGUCAGUGUUUGUUAGAGUUUAAUUAAAAAUCUCCAAAUCAGGUGACAAACUAGUCUUUCUCAAACCACAGCAUUCCUUGUACCUUGUGUUUUUAUAUUAUACAUUAUACAACAUAUGCAAUUAGAAAAAAAGCUAAUAGUGAUGAGCACUAAAUAAAUGGUCAUUACUAUCUGAGGUGAUUCUGUAUGUGUGUUUCUGUUCUCAGUUUUUGGGAGAAAACUGAGCUUGUAAGGAGGGACUAGAAAGUGCUCGAGCAAUUCUAACACUGCCCUAACCUCAUGUAGCUGUUAGACUUUACACUUCAUGAUUCAUAUAACAAGAACAAAAUGCUACCCAAUGGUAUCCAGGGUGUGUGUUUUCUUUCUUUUUUUUUUUUUAACUGAAAAAGCAUAAUGGUCAAUUUUUUUUUUAAAUGUUAAUUUAUUGCACAAACAGCACUGACAAAAUGAAUGCCAAGGUUAAACAUGUUACCAAGGAAACUAGAAAAUGACCAAAGGAGCAUCCAGGACAUUUGCAGGUAGUGAAAUGGCAGGAUCAAGCUGCUAUGAAUG